UGCUAUCACACCCAAUUGCAUAAACAAAGUUUACUAAAUUCGUUAUCAGCUUUAAUGGUUCGAAACCUGUUUACGCGCCAAUGACCGGCUUACGAUUACUAUUUGUUGGGGCCUCUGCGGCAGCUGCAGUUCAGUUCCCUGGCCGCAACGACGCGGGGCAGCCGUGAUUCACAGCCAUCGCAAUUCUCCCCCCCUUUGUGGGUGUAAAAUGUUUUUGCACAUAACGAGCUAAACUGGUGAUUUUGCUAAAUAGUUUAACAAGCAAUAAUUGGGCCGACAUGCAGGUUGAUGGAUCGAACAGUAGCAGCUCAUCUAAAAUGCCCGACCCCACGGACUGUGAGACGUGGGCCAGUGGGAAAAUGCAGUCAGCGGCGCACUCCAAAGAUGGUCAUAAUGCAGCGGGGGCGGGGGCAAAGGAACGCCUCCUCGAUCUGGAUAACCCGGAGGACUAUCUGGAGCACCUGCUCAAGGACGGCAGUCAGGAGGGCGACAGCGGGGCAGAUCUGGAACUACCUCCAUGGUACGAUGAGCAGCUAUUCAGGCGUGGUCAGAGUUACUUCAGCAAGUACCGCUUCGUGAUGAACGCCGGAAUGCUGGCAGGCCUAAUUGCGGUGCUAGCCGUUCCCUCGAUUCUCCGGGUGCUCUCGUGCACACGCCAAUCCUCGACAGCGUUCACGGCCUACCGUCGCUAUGUGCGCACUAUUUUCCACACGCAAGCCUGGUACAACUACAGCAUUUUGGACCGUGGCAGCAAGUUCUGGACCAGCAUAGCGGCCGUGAGGAAGGCACACAGUCGCUCCAGUCAUGCCUGUGCCCGCAGAGGAGCUGGCCAGAUCACCCAGAAGGAUUUGGCCCUGACGCAGUUCGGAUUCAUUGGCUUCAUAACGAUGGGUGCCCAUCGCAUAAAGCUCAAUGACCAGGACUUCCUGGAGGCCACCACGCAUAUGUGGCGUGUGCUGGGCCAUCUGCUGGGCAUCAAGGAGGAGUACAACAUCUGCGGCAGCAACUGGGCGGAAUCGAAGCUUCGCCUGGACAUUGUGAUGCGAAAGGUUUACGAACCAGCUUUGGCCAACACCGGCGAGGAUUUCUACCGCAUGACAGAGGCGCUGAUCAACGGCCUUUGGCAUAUGAACACCAUGUUCUCGGUGGACGCCAACAUAUUCUUCGCCAAGCGACUGGCCUGCGUCAAGGGCUACGAGUACUUUAGCUUCGAUCAUGACAACGGAGUGCAGCAGGAUCCGCAGCAGAAGCUGUACUACUACGACAUGGGCUGGUGGGAUCGAUUUAUCGUUAGCUACGGCCUCUUCAUAGUCACCUACCUGCACAGGUACGCCCUGGUGCGAUGGUACUUUAAUUUCCGCGUCUGGCUGGUGGACGUGCUGACCUAUUACUUGCCCUACAUCGCCAUUUGGAAGUUUGGCUUCAAGUCCGCCUAUGUGCGCAUCUUUCGGAACGGAGGGGAGGCCCAAGACUUUACAUUGGGCCUCAAAGAUGAUUAGAUUGUGUAGUUUAUAGUGAAUUUUAGAGUGUAGGUAAUUUAUCAAUAAAUACGCUAGGCGUUUUGGGAAACAAAA